AUGGGGGUCCGGCCAUGCACAGCCCUGCUGGUCCUGAUGCUGUUCCUGCUUGUGUUUGCUGCGCUUGGCUUCGAGACUUACCAACUCAACAGGAUGAAGGAGGAGCUGAAGGAGCUCAGACAGGUGAGGACAUACCUGAGAGUGUGAAUAUUUAUACUUUUAGAUUUUUUGAUUGUUGCAGCUUCUCAAUCAUGCAAAGUAUGUGCAUCUUUGUUGCUGUGGUUUUUGCUCUUUGAAGCUCCUUUAGCUGCGUGUUUGUGUGAAUUGUUCAGUUAAAAUACUUAAGCAGCCUGCAGCAGGGAGUGGAGAGUUUGACACAGCAGUGAGAGGAAAAGUUGUUAGGAGGUUAUAAAUAAUAAUUUGACCUCUUGAUCAGUUCUUAUGGGGGCAAAGCUGCAGAAAAAGGUGUAAGUUUCACUUUGGUGGUGGAGAAGUGUGAGGGUGGGGUGUGAGCAAGUAUCAGCGCACAUCUUGAUGAAGUGUUUAGUCAGAGAUUUCAUCUGCAAAGGUUUUCCAAAAGUGUCACAGAGUACCAGCCAGAGGGGUUUAGAGCUGAAAUUGUAAAUACAACAAUACUCUGUCUUACACACCAUCGACAGAUGCAGAUAAAAGAUGAUUCCACUCAAUUCAGGUGUAUAUCAAGGAAAAGAAACUUGUCUUAUAUUCGGGUUGAUAUGGUCACUAGGGUAAUGACUGAGUUGAAUGACAGGUGGAUGUACUGUCUCGGCUUGCUUGAAGGUUAAAGACCCUCCCUGGCGCCACCUCUUUACCAUUUCCUCUAGCGAUCAAAAACUUGUUCGAUUUUUAAAAAUAUGAUCAUUUCAACAAAUCCAAUCAACACCAAGUUUUCGAGUCUCUUUCAAAUGAGACCUGGCCACCAUAACAUCUUUUCCUCCAGUUUUGGAGCAUGAAGCAGAUGCUGAGAUGCACAAAGCUGCAGUUCCUCAAAUGUCCUGAGUGAGUCAAUCCCCACAAAACCCAAUAUUUAAAUUUCUCUGUGGAGUCACCCACUGACUUCUCAAUAAAGUUUUGAAACAAUGGUGUGGGUGCCUUAUUGGAAAAAAUGACUACAACUAUCUUUUGAUCAACCUGGAAACAGGUGAAGAGGCGGAGUUUAGGCUAGCCUUUUGGAAACCUGGCAAACACCUACAACACACCCACCUAUAUAUCAACUCAGAAUAUACAAAUCAAUGCACAGGGACUGUAAAUUUUUCAUUUCAGCUUUUGAAAAUGAGAAUUUCAAAUGGGAGAUAUUACUUGUUUUUGGAGAUAGCCUUUAGUGGACGCUCAAGGAACUGCAGUUUUAUGCUGCUCAUGUUUCAGUACUGGAGGUUAAAUGUCCAACUCUUCAGCAGAAGUAAACCCACUCUUAGCAGGUAGCUUAUUUCUUUGUUCAUGACAAAUGUAUGGGGAUGAAUCUGCACUUCAAGUAAUUGAUUUUUAUUAUUUGUCAAAGCAAAGAUCCAUGCAUAAAUUUCUGUGAUUAAGGAGAUAACCAAUUUCAUCAGCAAACAAGCAGAUUAUUAUCCUAAUGAGAGUAAGUAUAUUAUCAGAUUUCUGCAGACCAGUACACCUUCACCUACACUUUUAUAUUAUUGUCCAUUCUGUCUCAUUCGCCCCUUCCUUCUCCCCCCUGUAUUUACACGAAACGAUCAUGUCUGACUCUAGAGAGUCUGCUGUGACAUUUAAAAAGCGCAGUGAGGACUGAGCGCGGUCUGGGGUCCAGAGACAGGAUUUCCUCUGUAGGCGUCUGUGUGAGGUUCUGAUCUAAUAUUCUCUGUCUCUGCAGGUUCAACCAGUGGGUGAAACUCUCAGCGCUCAGAAGCAAAUUGGUGAGUUAACACACACACACACACUCAUAUAAACACACACAUAAACACACAUACGAGGAGUAUAAAAUGCUCAGUGUACAGAAGCUGAUGUGGCUGUGAUGUUGUUUCAGGUUUCUCUGAAGCUGCGAGGAGAGCAGACGACAGCAAAGCCGCAGCUCAUGUGACAGGUGACAUCAUGACACACGUGCUCAGUGUGGGAGGAAACAAACUAACAGUUUCUAUAACAGCGACAGAAGUUAAACCAACAACAUACACCCAAUGCAAUAUAGUAAAGAAGUCACUUAUCCCAAAAAGUCACUUAACUAAGCAAAAAUGUGGUACAUUUCUCAAAAAACACAAAAGAUAAAAAUCGUAAUUGUAUAUAUGAGAAUAUGAAAAAGAGGUCAGACACCUGCAGAGUCCAGGUGAAGGUGCUGCUCUGAAACUUUUCCAAAUUCUUAAGUAAAUUCAACAUGGCUGGACCUUCAGCAUGAUUCAAGAAACUUUACUUAACAAGUCUGGAAAUUAUUCAAUUUUUCAUAUACUGCAGGUUUAAACAUGCUGCUGACAAAAGGCCAACAAUUCUGCAUCCAGUCAAACAAUCUCCAUCAGGGGAAUUACAAUGCAUAUGGAGAGAUAAUGCAACAUUUAAAACUCAUGCAUACGUCUGAAACAAAUACAAGAGUGUUAACGGGAAUUCAAUGAAAAACCAUGCUGCAAAACAGAUGAAACAGCUAGAGACACAAGAGCAGAACAAAACUACGAAAGAAAAACGAUAAAAAUCUAGGCUGUGCAACUUAGAGAGUCCAGAUAAGCUGCAAGAGAAAGAGAGAGGGAGAGAGAGAGAGAGAGAGAGAGAGAGAGAGAGAGAGAGAGACCAGGCACUGAAUUGGUGGUUAAAUAUGACAGAAGCAGAGCCUCACAACAGGAAGUACCAUGAUAUUGUGGACAGAUGUGAUUAGAGCAAAUGUAAGUGGGGCAUUUUGGACAAACAACAGUCAAAGAGCUUUCUUUUUAGAUCAGUCACUCCUAUACAGACACUGUUUAAAAGACACUGAUACAACCUGCACUUUCUGUGACAGGCAUCCAGAGACUGUUGUCAUUUAUGUAAGCUCUGUGAACACGCUCAGCGGUGAAGCAUUGGACAGUCCAACCAAUGAUUUGUUCUUUGUCUGAAUGUUUAGUUUAACUUUGGACCUGAAAAUCAGGGAGUGUAAAUUACUCCUCGUCACUGCAGACCUGAGUGAGGUUUUAGAGGGGCAGCUCAGAGUUUCAGUGAACUAAACAAGAGAUUAAAGGUGCCACUGUGCUCCAAAUCAGACCAGGAUGAGUUGUGUUUAUUGUUGUAUUUUGUCAAUGACUUUUGCAUCUGUUUUGAAUUUGCAUUAUUUCUAUAUUCACAGCGUUUUUCUCUUUGAUAGAAGUAAAAGUAAAGGCUGUUGCAGAUUGGUUGCUUCUCUCAGUCUCUGUAUGCUGUGCUCUUAGAGGUUUUUCCUAAACCUGCUUUCAUGACCCUUAUCACGUCAGUUUUUACUUCUAGUGAUAGUUUUAACAUUUUUAAGACUUGUAGUGCAACCCAGAGAGUUGAGAGAGAGAAGUAUCCUCCAGUCUUUCAGUGCUGUCAUCUUUCCCUCAGACUUCAUUAUCUCACUGCACUUCAUGCUGCAGAUGCUCAAUGAUGCUCUAACUCCGCCUCUCUCUUCCUCUCUCCUCCUGCAGGUCGGAUGGGAGAGGAUUCUAAUCACACUCUGCGCUGGGCCCCGCACAAUGGGCGAGGCUUUGUGUCAGGGGGCAUAGUCUACAGGUAUGAAGAUGGAGCACUGCAGGUGAACAAGACAGGAGUAUACUAUGUCUACUCCCGUGUGGAGUUGACCUUUAAGGAAUGCUCAGCUGAGACCUCCUUCGAGCACAAAGUGUUUGUGCGUCGAGCGAGCCGCCCCACCCCUCUGCGACUGAUGGAGGCACACAGAGCCGGGUUCUGCACCCAUCGAAUCAGACUUCCCUGGACCACAGAGAGCUACCUGGGCUCAGUGCUUCAGCUACAGGAACAUGACAGAGUCUAUGUGAAUAUUUCCCAGCCCACUUUCCUGAGACGUGUUCCUUACGCCAACUUCUUUGGCCUCUAUGAGAUCUGA